GCUUCGCGUUGUUUUUGUUUUGAUCGCAAAUUCCAAAAUUAAUUUCACAUUGGUCAGAAUUCAAAAUAUCUUUUCGUUGCUUAUUCUCUUGAAACUCGACUUAAAAGAUCAGUGACCUAUGGCGUUGAUGGUUCAGCCGAGUGAACAUCUGGACGAACUCCCUAGAAGCCUACUAGAUAGUGUGCUGUUCGUGGAGAAGAUAGUGUUGAAUCGAAACAGUUCAGCGCUUGCUGUGAUUACCGCGGACCGGCAGUUGCUAGAAGUAAAGCAACGAUCGAUCGUCACCUGCUUGGAUUUGGGUGGUUAUGGUGUUGGGGAUAUAAGGCAAGCUAACCAUGAACCGCCAGUUGUAUCCAGUAUUUUUGGAACACUGUCUCCAACGAAACCGGACGAAGAAAUCGACCGCAGAAUAGUUCUAUCGGUAUUUCGUUCAAUCGAUGGUGCGGAUAGAAAGGUUUUCUAUUUGUUGGAAAUGGAGAGGAAGUUGGUGGUUGUGGAACGGAAACAAAGCCCCUGUCUGCGAUUUGUACAUUGUCAAACUUUUGAAGGGUUUAUUAAACUUGUGAUAACGGAACGGGAUGACCGUCCGGGAUGUCCAGUGGUAAAAAUUUACGUCGAACAACAAUUGGAGCCGAUUGUAACCGACUUCCAUUCCUAUCGGAUGGAGUCGAGUGCUGAUAGCGUAAAUAACUUCACCUGCUUUCAUGAGAUUUUGAAGGCUUUGAAAGAACGUGUGAAUCAACGUCGGGCGGAAUUGACCGCCUUACAAGCUGUAACCGGAGAGUUGUUUGAACAGAUAAAUGGGCAGCUGAAGCACGUGCCUAGUUUGCUAAGAACGGAGAAUCCAGAUGAAAGACAGCCACUGGUCAAGUAUGGAGAUGUUUGGACCAAGGUACAUAACGGUCUGCUAGUUAUUGGAGUUCCGGUGUUCAAUUGCACUUAUAAAAGACGUCUCACCCUUACAAAUUUGAAGUUGUUCCUCAAGAACCCGGACCAGCAGAAGCCGUUCGAAUAUUACUUUAAAUAUUAUCAACUGAAAGACGAUGACUUCAACUUCAAAAACUGGGAGCAAAUCUUGGAAUCCGAAGACAUUAUCUCAGAUGUUCCACUCUUUCAACAGGAAUGGAUACAACCGAAGAUCAAUGCACUGCACCCCGGACAAACAGCAAUCCUGUUGGCCACUGCUAAGCUUUCCCACCUAAAAACAAUCCAAUUAUCAACCGUCUUCGAAUGCUUCGUAACGUACGACGUAGCCACAACUGGUCAAGAUUCCUGCCCCGGUCUUCAACUGUUUGUGGGACUGGUUGAAGUGAAACGAACCGAUUUAUACAGCGUAGAUUUAGCAGUUGUCUUCAAUGGACGAGAUACUUUCAAAGAUCUGCUCGCAAUAACGGCCACUUCGGAGUACUUGGCCCUGGAACUUACAUUCGAAACUGUACCGAAACGCGGCUUCCAUCGAUUUUGCAUCGAGACACUGAAGUUUAGAUUGAUUAAUCAUGGCUGUGCUGCUGAGGAGCUGCAUCAAGAGGAACUUCCCAAUAUACUCUAUUAUGACGAUAACGGAUACUGGCGUUCGAUGCUGAUAAGAUUAGACGAGCUAAAACCGACGCGACAAAAGAUGAAGAUUUACUGCACACAUUCUCAUCAAAUACUUGCAAUGCUAAACGCCAUUUAUUCUGAUUAUGAAGAAAAAUGCUCAAUCAAAUUGAUUGAGGAUACACUAACCUCUGUGAUGGACUUCAAGGAAAGCCUUUUAGACGAAUUGUCCGCUAAAAUCGACAAUCCCUCAGACGUUCACAGGAUUCUAUUACAAGAACUAAAAACUGAUUCCAUUUAUUCAAAAUCCACUAUCUAAAUAUACAAUUUCAGCAUUUUUCCUCUUACA